UAUAACUUCUUAAUUAGUUCUUACACAACAAAUAAAACAGUAGUCAUAUGGCUAUAACCUUCUUCAAAGCUUCAUGCAUACCAUCAUUCAUUUUUGUACUAUUAUUUUUAUUAUGUAAUCCGAGUGUUUCGAAUGCUCAAACACCACCUCCGUUGGCACCAGGACUGUCGUAUACGUUCCACCAGGACGAUUGUCCUCAGCUCGAGUCCAUUGUACGAUCACAACUCGAGACAGAAAUUGCUGCUGAUGUUGGUCAAGCUGCCGGUUUGCUUCGAGUUCACUUCCAUGACUGCUUUGUUCUUGGUUGUGAUGGUUCGGUUUUGCUUAAUGGUUCUGCUAGUGGACCAGGCGAGCAACUUGCACCUCCAAACUUGACCUUGCGACCACGAGCUUUCAUCAUCAUUGAAAAUAUUCGUAGCCUUGUCCACGAAGCUUGUGGCCCUAUAGUCUCUUGUUCAGAUAUCACUGCCCUCGCCGCUCGUGACUCCAUAGUCCUGUCCGGGGGCCCAAACUACUCUGUACCUUUGGGAAGGCGAGAUGGAAUUGAAUUUGCUACAGAAACGGUAACGUUAGCCAACCUUCCUCCAUUCAACGCAACCGCUGCUAACCUUACAAUAUCCCUUGGAGCAAAAGGGUUCGACGUCACAGACGUUGUCGCACUUUCUGGCGCGCAUACCAUUGGAAGGGCUAACUGUGGCUCAUUUGAACAACGACUAAUCCCAACACGAGAUCCAACCAUGAAUCAAGCCUUUUACAACAACUUAAUUCAAACAUGUCCAGUGGUAAAUACCACCAACACCACUUUAAUGGACAUUCGGUCUCCAAAUGUCUUUGACAAUAGAUACUAUGUUAACCUUAUGAAUCGACAAGGCCUUUUUACCUCGGACCAGGACUUGUACGAGGAUAGGAGUACACGGGACAUUGUUACAAACUUUGCCGUGAACCAAACGUUGUUCUUUGAAAGCUUUGUGACCGCAAUGAUAAAAAUGUGUCAGUUGAACGUUACGACAGGUGAUCAAGGGGAAAUUCGUAGAAAUUGCUCAAGAACCAACGCCGGAAAUUUUGUUACAUUACCCGGCAUGGAUGAGAAGGAUAAUGACAACAAAAAGAUUGCGUCAUAUUAGGGAUCAAUGGAUUAUCGAUCCCGCGUAUACAAAACUCGAUCGUUUGAUAAUAAGAAGAAACAUCUCUUCAACAUACGUAGUACUAUUACAGUGAUAUAUUGUGUCUAUGUUUUUUUUUGUUAUGAAUAUUUCGUUUCCAUUCCUGUAUUUUAUGUAAAAACUAUCGGCUAGUUUGAGCCCAUCUCAUGUCGCCGUAUAUGACCAUUUAUGUGAGCCUUGUUUUUUUUUUUA